GAGACUCUGUCGGAGAGUGACGAUAUGGUGAGCAGGCAUCUAUCAGGGGCAGAAUGUGGCACCUGGACUCUGAGGUCUCAGAGAAGAUGGUGGCUUGGGGAUGGUGCUCUGAACGCCCUGCCUGCCAUGAUGUGGCCUGCUGGCUGUUUUGAGAGCUGAAAUUCUCACAGAAUGGAAACUCUCUUGUACACAGGCCAAGAAAAUGAAAAGCCUCCUGCCCGAGAUGCUGAAAUUCCUGGGAAAUUGGUCCUGGGACAUUUCAGUGAUGGCUCUGGACACCUUCCGCAAUGUUCUGGGGCAGCUGAAGAAGAAAGAGGCCAGCAGCAUGGCUCUGAAGGCCGUGGAGAGACUCUGGAAACUGUUUGAUGCGAGAGAGGAGUGUCUGCGGGAGCGCUCCAUCUCCCUCUUCAAGGAGCUGCUGGGCAAAACCAUAUGGAAGGACAAGGAAGCCAUGAAGAGAAACUCCUGGAAGGUCAUGGUCCAGCUCGUUCUUCACAUCAGUGACGAGGCCCCCAGCGUGGCCAAGGCCUCCAAGGAAGCCGUCGUGGCUAUAGCUGAGCUCUUCAAGUGGAAAGAAUUCAAGGAGCUGGCUCAGAAAGAGGAGAUAUGGAAGAUGAGCGAGUUCCUGCUGGCCAAGGACAGCAGCAGGGCUGAACAAUAUGUGCUGGAGAGCCAGCCCUAUCUGCUGAGCCCUCAGGCCUCGAUGCGAGAGGCGGCCCUCAGAUUCUUAGGUGGCUUUGGCGGCCAUCUUGCCUUGUUCCACCCCCGGGCUGCUGAGGGGAGGCCCAAGGUGGUGUGGCUGAAGAUCCAGCCCAAGGUGGUGUGGCUCAAGAUCCAGCCCAAGGUGGUGUGGCUCAAGAUCCAGCCCAAGGUGGUGUGGCUGAAGAUCCAGCCCAAGGUGGUGUGGCUCAAGAACCAGAUGGCCAUCGGGGAUGACCCCAAGUUCCUGGCGCGGCACAGCCAGGGGGUGCUGACGCUGCUGAUCCGCAAGCCGGGGCCCUUCGACGGCGGCACCUACACCUGCAGGGCCGUCAACGAGCUGGGCGAGGCCCUGACCGAGUGCCGCCUCGAAAUUCGGG